AUGGACCCGGUGCUAGUCCUCAUCAUCGCGAGCUGCAUGACAUUAACGCAGUUCGCGCUGCAGCUCAAGGAGAAUAUCACCACCAGCGCUUACCUGAAAAACUUCGAUCUCAUGCUGGAGUCGACGGCAUCCCUGCACGCGUUGCUGACGGAGUUUAAGGGCUUCAAAGGCUGGGGUGUUGCGACCGACGGCGCGAAGAAAUCGUUUCAGAGGCUUGAAGAUCUCUUACGAAAAGCCACGGCGUUGCUACAACGAUGCAUCAGCGCGCGGAGUAAACUGCUGCAGCUGGUAUCGGAGCACGCACUACAGGCGCAGGACUUCAUUAAGAUGCACGCGGAGCUGGAGCAGUGCCUCUCCACCGUCCCCAUCCAAACCCUCCCUGAACCCCUCACCUCCAAGCUCACGGCUAUGCGGCAGCAGCUGCUCAACACGCCCUUCACGGAGUGCGUCACGCCCGCCAUGCGCGCGCAGCUGCAGCUGCUGCUCUCCUCCGCCGCCUCCCCCUCCCCCGCGCUCAAGGACGCGCCCGGCUCCGACGUCCUCGCCUUCCAGCUCGCGGAGGCGCUCGGGCUGGGGCUCUCCGCGGAAGCCGCCAACCCGGGCGCGCUGCGCCGCGAGCAGGAGGCGCUGGCGCUGGAGAAGCGCAAGGCGCAGGAGGGGCGCGACCUGGCGCAGGCGAAGGUGGUGGAGCAGGUGAGACUGGGGGUGAGCAGGGGGGCAGGGUGCUGCGCAGGAUUGAGAGUUCUACCCAGGGUCAUCGACGCUCUGCUCCCCCUCGCCGCUGCCUCCUCUCCCCAGGAGGCGAAAGCAGCUGACGCGGCGGUGAGAGCCCUGGGGAAUCUUCUAGCGGAUGAGGAUGUGAAGGUGGAGCUGAUUGGUCACCUGCCGCUGCUGGUUCAGGCGCUGAAACGCGCACAGCUGCCUGCGACGCGCGCCGGCAUGGCUCGGAUUUUUAAAGCGAUUGCCACGAUCUCAGAUGAGGCGUGUAAGGUCGUGGUGGAUGCGGGCGCGGUGCCGCACUUAGCUAAGUUUGUAGACCCCAGCGCCGCUGCCGCGCCGGCCAACCCGCCGCCGACGGGCGGCGCGGCGGUGGCAGCGGCGGCCGCCGCAGAAGAAGCGUCCAAGCAGUGCGCGGCCGAAACCCUAGCGAUCCUCGCGCAAGUCCCGUCGAAACGGAGCCGAAUGGUGGCAGACGGGGCGGUGGGGCCUCUCUCCCUCCUUGUGCUCGCCUCCCCGCCCAACGAAACCCUGAUCGCGGCGGUGACGGCGCUCGCAGGGCUGGCGAGCGUGCACGAGGGGAGGGAGGGCAUGGGCGCGGUGCUGCCCACGCUGGUGAAUCUGCUGCGCGUGGAGGAUGAGGGGGUGAUGGCGCCCACGCUGGAUGCGCUGCUGCUGCUGGCCAAGCAUAGUGCUGCGUACCGCAGUGGCAUUCGGAAUAACGGUGGCAUGCGGCAUCUCAGGAACGUUCUCCGUGUAGGGCCCUCUCCGCUCCACAACAAGGGCAUGGAGCUGCUAGCAGCACUCUUCUCAUAA